AUGGGUGAAGAACACAAGCCACUUUUGGACGCCUCCGGUGUCGACCCUCGUGAAGAGGAUAAAACCGCCACUGCCAUUCUGAGAAGAAAGAAGAAGGAUAACAUGCUGCUGGUCGACGAUGCUAUCAAUGACGACAACUCUGUCAUUGCCAUCAACUCCAACACCAUGGACAAGUUGGAAUUGUUCCGUGGUGAUACCGUUCUUGUAAAGGGUAAGAAGAGAAAGGACACGGUGUUAAUCGUUUUGAUCGAUGAUGAAUUGGAAGACGGAGCAUGUAGGAUAAACCGUGUGGUUCGUAACAAUUUACGCAUCAGAUUGGGUGAUUUGGUUACGAUUCAUCCUUGCCCUGACAUCAAGUACGCCACCAGAAUUUCCGUGCUACCAAUUGCUGAUUCUAUCGAAGGUAUUACCGGUAAUCUUUUCGAUGUUUUCUUGAAGCCUUACUUUGUGGAAGCGUAUAGACCAGUUAGAAAAGGAGAUCAUUUUGUUGUCCGGGGUGGUAUGAGACAAGUCGAAUUCAAAGUCGUAGAUGUCGAGCCUGAAGAAUAUGCCGUUGUGGCUCAAGAUACCAUCAUCCACUGGGAAGGUGAGCCAAUCAACAGGGAAGACGAGGAAAAUAACAUGAAUGAAGUCGGCUACGACGAUAUUGGUGGCUGUCGUAAGCAGAUGGCUCAAAUCAGAGAAAUGGUCGAAUUGCCAUUGAGACAUCCUCAAUUGUUCAAAGCCAUUGGGAUCAAGCCGCCAAGAGGUGUGUUGAUGUAUGGUCCACCUGGUACAGGUAAAACAUUGAUGGCAAGGGCCGUUGCUAAUGAAACUGGUGCUUUCUUUUUCUUAAUCAAUGGUCCAGAAGUUAUGUCCAAGAUGGCUGGUGAAUCUGAAUCUAAUCUGAGGAAGGCCUUCGAAGAAGCUGAAAAGAAUGCUCCAGCUAUUAUUUUCAUUGACGAAAUCGACUCCAUUGCUCCAAAGAGAGACAAAACUAAUGGUGAAGUUGAAAGAAGAGUUGUUUCUCAAUUGUUGACUUUGAUGGACGGUAUGAAGGCAAGAUCUAAUGUUGUUGUCAUCGCUGCAACCAACAGACCAAACUCCAUUGAUCCUGCCCUAAGAAGAUUCGGUAGAUUCGAUCGUGAAGUGGACAUCGGUAUUCCAGAUGCUACCGGUAGACUAGAAGUUCUGCGUAUUCAUACCAAGAAUAUGAAACUGGCUGAUGACGUUGACUUGGAAGCCUUGGCCGCAGAAACACAUGGUUAUGUUGGUGCCGAUAUCGCUUCUUUGUGUUCUGAAGCUGCUAUGCAACAAAUCCGUGAAAAAAUGGACUUGAUAGAUUUAGAUGAAGACGAAAUUGACGCAGAAGUACUUGAUUCUUUAGGAGUCACUAUGGACAAUUUCAGAUUUGCUCUAGGUAACUCCAACCCAUCUGCAUUGCGUGAAACUGUUGUUGAAAGCGUCAAUGUCACUUGGGAUGAUGUUGGUGGUCUAGAUGAGAUUAAGGAGGAAUUGAAGGAGACCGUUGAAUACCCAGUCUUACAUCCAGAUCAAUACACCAAGUUUGGUCUAUCUCCAUCAAAGGGUGUGCUGUUUUAUGGCCCACCAGGUACAGGUAAAACUUUGCUGGCUAAAGCCGUGGCUACUGAAGUUUCUGCCAACUUUAUUUCAGUCAAAGGUCCAGAACUAUUGAGCAUGUGGUAUGGUGAGUCAGAAUCUAAUAUUCGUGAUAUUUUCGAUAAGGCAAGAGCCGCUGCGCCAACUGUCGUCUUUUUGGAUGAAUUGGAUUCCAUUGCUAAGGCAAGAGGUGGUUCUUUGGGUGAUGCAGGUGGUGCUUCUGAUAGAGUUGUUAAUCAAUUACUGACAGAAAUGGAUGGUAUGAAUGCCAAGAAGAAUGUUUUCGUGAUCGGUGCCACCAACAGACCAGAUCAAAUCGACCCUGCUAUUUUGAGACCCGGGAGAUUAGAUCAACUGAUUUAUGUUCCAUUACCAGAUGAAAAUGCUAGAUUAUCUAUUUUAAACGCCCAAUUGAGGAAAACGCCAUUAGAACCAGGUUUAGAAUUAACUGCGAUUGCUAAAGCUACUCAAGGUUUUUCAGGUGCCGAUUUAUUGUACAUUGUACAGAGGGCUGCCAAAUACGCCAUCAAGGACUCUAUCGAAGCUCACAAACAACACGAAGCUGAAAAGGAGGUCAAAGCAGAGGGUGAAGAUGUGGAUAUGACAGAUGAGGGAGCAAAGGCUGAACAAGAGCCAGAAGUAGACCCUGUUCCAUACAUCACAAAGGAACAUUUUUCAGAAGCUAUGAAGACUGCCAAACGUUCUGUCUCAGAUGCUGAAUUGCGUCGUUAUGAAGCAUAUUCCCAACAAAUGAAGGCAUCUAGAGGUCAAUUCAGUAAUUUCAACUUUAACGAUGCUCCAUUAGGUACUACUGGUACGGACAAUGCUAACACAAAUAAUAGUGCUCCAAGUGGGGCGGGCGCGGCAUUCGGUGCUAAUGCGGAAGAAGAUGACGAUUUGUAUAGUUAG